AUGUUAAUUGCAACCAAGAAGAGCGCAAGAAGCGCUCUGAAUACUCGGUUUAUCCGCUGGGGAUGUUGCGCUCUGGUAAUUUCCCUGAUUCCUCCAGCCGCAACUGCUCAAGAUUUCUUGACCUUUGUCCGCUCGCUUCCUUCCAAGUACGAGCGUCGCCAGUUCUGGUUCUACUGGUUCCUCUACAGGCAGAAACAAAAUUCAGAGUCGAGAAAGGGCGUCAGCUGCGACUACGACGAUCCCGAGACUUUGAACCUUUUGUGCCCUCCAACACUUGCCCCAAUGAUUCGUGAGGAGCAUGACACCGUUGUUCCCUGGCCCAUUGAUUGCAUCGAUGAGCCAGAGCUCCCAGGUUGUGAGAAGGCAACCACCACGAGCAGCCCAUCAUUAGGGAUAGAAAUAAAUGAGCAACCAACUGGAGCUUCGGGAACCGCCAACCUCAUCAACAGCAACGGCGAGGACGACUUCGAUGCCUACUUUGAGUGCUUGGGAAAUCGAGAGAUCGACAACCGCUUUUGUCAACGUCCAGAUACCCCUGCGCCAGGAUAUUAUCAUCAUGUCACGACGGCACCACUUACCCACCCCAAUGGCGGAGAAGAAGUCAAUCAACACAAUGUUUUUGGGAGCAUUUCCAGACCGACGGAUGAGAAUCAACAGCACAAUGCUUUUGGUAGCAUUUCCAGACCGAGUGAGGAAGCAGAUCCCGAUGAGCACCUCUUCUACAUUGAUUCCAUUAACUUUGAUGUCACUGUUACUCGCCCUCCCUUUACAUACCAAGGCGCCAACGAAGGGACGGCCGAACAUGAUGGUUGUCAGGGGACCUUGUCUCUAGAACCCAUUGGCGGGGUUAGUGCUACAAGCCAGACAUUCCCAGAGCUACCUCCCAUUCAGUUGGUCCGUGCGGCAAAGGAUCAAUCUCAGGUGGGUGCAGUUCACUUUUCUGUGAGCCAAACACUCAUGGAGGAUCGCUUGGUGGAUGGAAUGGCGCUGGUAUACCCUGGCAUUCGGAGAACACCAGGAAUCUUCAUGUUGUGCGACCGAAAGAACCAAGUUCCCUGGGGCGCCACUAGAUAUUAUGCCGCCGCCUGUGGAUUCGAUGGAUUUGCCGACAUUGAGUUAUAUUUCUAUUCAAGUGAAUUGCCAGCUGGUGGCGACACGGUAGAAUUGCCAAAAUAUUGUGACGAAUGGGAAACCACUACCGAACCCAGCUCAACAAAAACUGUGGGAUAUCAAGCUCGACUCCCCUGUACUUGUGAUCCAAUACUUUUCGACCCGAAGGAAAUGUUUGGCUCAACGGAUCUUCGUGAAGACCAUGACACUGGGUUGGAAAUCGAUUUUAUUCCUUGCGAAGAUGUGAACCUAACUCGCAUCGAGCCGACAGGAGACGACACUGAACAUCUUGUACCAGGCCUUCCUCCUGUUGAUUUGCUGUACUCCGAUGGAGCCACGGUAAAGUUUUCGGUAUCCCAGACUAUCAAGGAAGGAAUCGUCAAUGGGAUGGCUGUUGUUUUUCCUGCGUUGGAAGGCGGCAUCACUUGCGAUAGGUUCGAUGAUGUGGUCUGGGGCUCGACCAAGUACUACGAUGCACUUUGCCGAAACGGCGCUGCUCACGUUCUGCUCUCAUUCUAUGAUGUGACCUUGGACUCACCAAUUAAUGAGCAAGCAUCCACGUUUUGCAAUCCUUGGAAGGAUUCUUCGGGCUAUUUGAUCAGUUACAUGGCAUACUUGCCGUGUGACUUUUGUGAUAAUAGUACCUACGCUCCCACGUUUGUGCCCUUCAGUGCCACUCCGUUUGUGGUCCCGCCAUUCAAUGAAAGUACAGCUGUACCGACUGGAGAAAAUGAAACCUUGACUCCUUCACAGACACCGGAGACCGGGCCCACAGCUGGGUGCAUGGUUUCUCUGCAAAGGCAACAUGGGAAUGUGACCCCAGAGCUACCACCCAUUGAGAUUCUUUCCUAUGAUGAGGAUUAUGUCAGCUUUUCUGUGUCACAAACAUUCAAGGAAUCUGGCGGCAUCAGUUGGAUGGGAGUUGCUUACAAAUCUGCAGAAGAGGGCGGAACUGCCAAGCUGGUCUGUGAUGAAAGUGUAAAUUUACCCUGGGGAAAGACUCUGUUUUUUCGAGCUGCUUGCAAACAAGCGACGUCAGAUGUUUUACUCUAUUUGCUCUAUGGCACCUUGGGAAAUGUGUCAAAUACGUUUCCUGGCGCCUGCAAUGGUUGGCACAACAACAAGGGUUAUACUGAAAGCUUCAAAGCAAUUCUUCCUUGUCACUGCCAAACAAACAGUAUAACUGAACCAGACAUUUCUCCUUCUGCCCUUUCAUUGCUGGGGAACCCUACAUUAUCCCCUAGCAUCGAGGGAGACUUGAAGGAGCCUUCCCUUAUGCCAUUCAAUACACAGUUGCAAGAUUUGCCAAUGCCUGCAUCAGCAAUCCACACCACAAAGUGUUUAGCUAUUGUGAUACCACAGGAUUCCACCUACAUACCACAGCUUCCACCCAUUAUGAUCCAGGCCUACAACAAUGAAUCCGUCAGCUUCUCAGUCUCCCAGACAUUCAAGGAGAGUGGGGAGAUCAAUUGGCUGGGGGUUUUGUACCCUUCUCUGGAAGAUGGUGGAAACCCAAAGCAAGUAUGCAAUGCAAUGGAAAAAAUACCCUGGGGAACAACAAAAUACUAUGAAGCCGCCUGCACUCAGCAUAAUGCAGAAGUUUUGCUGUAUGUGGAUGAUGACAAGUUCACAGCUGAAUCAACCAGCUUUCCCCAAGCUUGCAUUGAUUGGAGCAACAAGCAUACAUACACCAUCAGUUAUAAAGCUAUACUUCCUUGUCAAUGCCAAACAAUCGAUGAUCCUUUGGAAGGUAGCCCUCCUUCUGCCCUAACUUUGAUGGAUGAACCAACAUUGUACCCCAAACCAAUCCAAGAAGACACAAGCAUGCCCUCAAAAGCUUAUCCUACAAUGAACCCCAGUACCAUUAACAACAUCAGUAGAUCCCCAACUGAGGAAUCUGCAAGACCAACGGUGGGCUCUGAAAGCCCAGCAGUUCCCACAAGUCCCCUGAUUGCUUCACCCAGCUCCCCCAGCAUGGGUGCCCCCACAACAGGAUCUGCUGGGGCACCAAAUUCCAUUAGCAGCAGCUCUCCAACCAUAGGAUCAGGAAACGCACCAUCGGCGACCUCUGAAAGCCCCACAGCUACCACAAGUCCCACCAUUGCUUUGCCCAGCUCCCCAAACAUUGGUGCUCCCACAACAGGUUCUUCUAGCCUACCCAGUUCUGGCAGCAGCGGCAGUCCAACCACCGGAGUUGGAAGCGCUCCACCCAUGGUUCCUGGCAAACCAGGUGGUCCCACAGGUCCCAACAUUGUUUCAAUCAGCUUCCCAAGCACGAGUGCUCAGACAUCAGGAUCUUCUGGUUCGCCCAAUUCCAGUGGCAGCAGCUCCCCAACCACAGGAUCAGGAAAUGCACCAACAGGGGGAUCUGACAGUUCUCCUGGUUCAACAAAUCCCACCAUUGCUACAUCAAGUUCCCCGAGCAUAAGUGCUCCCACAACAGGAUCUUCAGCUACACCCAAUUCCAUUCCCUCUCAGACUACAGGAGCAGCAAAUACACCAACGGUGGGAUCGGACAGCCAAGGCACUACUGGUACCACAAGUCCCAUCAUUGCUUUGCCCAGCUCCCCACAAAUAACUACUCCCACAACAGGAUCAUCUGGUAUACCCAAUUCCAGCAGUAGUUCCCCCCCAACCACGGGAGCAGGUAUCAUACCAACAGUGGGAUCUGACAGCUCCACAGCUACCACAAGUCCCACAAUUGCUUUACCCAGCUCCACAAACAUCAGUGCUCCCACAACAGGUUCUUCUAGCGCACCCAAUUCCAGCAGCAAUGACACUCAAACCACAGGAGUAGAAACCACUACAAGACCAAGCAUGGGCUCUGGCAGCCCAGCUGGUCCCACCGUUGCCUCGCCCAGCUCCCCAAGCGUGGGUGGUCCAACCACUGGAUCUUCUGGGGCACCCAAUUCCGGCAGCAACGACACUCCAACCACUGGAGCAGGAUCCACCCCGACCAUCGGCUCUGGCAGCCCAGCUGGUCCCACCGUUGCCUCGCCCAGCUCCCCAAGCGUGGGUGGUCCAACCACUGGAUCUUCUGGGGCACCCAAUUCCGGCAGCAACGACACUCCACCACUGGAGCAGGAUCCACCCCGACCAUCGGCUCUGGCAGCCCAGCGGUCCCACCGUUGCCUGCCCAGCUCCCAAGCUCCCCAAGCGUGGGUGGUCCAACCCUGGAUCUUCUGGGGCACCCAAUUCGGCAGCAACGACACUCCACCACUGGAGCAGGAUCCACCCCGACCAUCGUCUGGCAGCCCAGCUGGCCACGCUGGUCCCACCGUUGCCUCCCAGUCCCCAAGCGUGGGUGGUCCAACCACUGGAUCUUCUGGGGCACCCAAUUCGGCACAACACACUCCAACCACUGGGCAGGAUCCACCCCACCAUCGGCUCUGGCAACCCAGCUGUCCCACCGUUGCUCGCCCAGCUCCCCAAGCGUGGGUGGUCCAACACUGGAUCUUCUGGGGCACCAAUUCCGGCAGCAAGACACUCCAACCACUGGAGCAGAUCCACCCGACCAUCGGCUCUGGCGCCCAGCGCCACUGCUGUCCCACCGUUGCCUCGCCCAGCUCCCCAAGCGUGGGUGGUCCAACCACUGGAUCUUCUGGGGCACCCAAUUCCGGCAGCAACGACACUCCAACCACUGAGCAGGAUCCACCCCGACCAUCGGCUCUGGCAGCCCAGCUGGUCCCACCGUUGCCUCGCCCAGUUCCCCAAGCGUGGGUGGUCAACCACUGGAUCUUCUGGGCACCCAAUUCCGGCAGCAACACACUCCCCACUGGAGCAGGAUCCACCCCGACCAUCGGCUCUGGCGGCCCAGCUGGUCCCACUGUUGCCUCGCCCAGCUCCCCAAGCGUGGGUGGUCCAACCACUGGAUCUUCUGGGGCACCCAAUUCCGGCAGCAAUGACACUCCAACCAUGAGACCAGGGAGCGAUCCUACGGUGGCCUCUUACAGCCCAGCCACUACCGCAAGUCCCACCAUUGCUUUGCCCAACUCCCCAAGCAUGAGUGCUCCCACAACAACAUCUUCUGUGGCACCCUCUUUGGGCAUUGGUGGCACUCCAACUACUGGAGCUGGAACCACCCCAACAGUUGGCACUGACAGCCCAACUCCCAUGUCAACUGCAAAUCCCAGUGGAGCUGCAAGUGGAGCUCCCAGUUUUGGUUUCAUGUGUGAUUUUGCUCCUCCAUCUUGUUUAUAUGAGCCUGAUGAUGGAGUAGAUCGUAUAUUCUUUUGCAUAGAUUUUCAGGGUCUCAAAGGCGACGUUUGUGUCACAUGGAAAGAGUUGGCAUUUUUGGAGUCAAUCGAGGCUGGUGGCUGUGGACUUUGCACUGGUAGUGCAAGCCCGAUGACGUAUCCACACAGCAUGCCAGCAGUCUUGUUCAGUGAGCAACCCAGCAGCACAUUGUUUUCUCGACCAAGCCAAAACCCAAGUACUCUGCUUAACUCUGCCCUUAGUGGCAGUCCCAGUGAGGUUGCUUUUGAUCCCACUCUGACUCCCAGCAGCAGUCCAAGCAUCUCUGCUAGUGGCAACCCCAGUCUCAUCCCCUCCAUAGGACCAAGUGACAGUCUCACUAGAAAGCCUACUAUUGGGCCUACUGUGUCAACCAGUGACUCUUUCAGUUUGGCCCCAAGCCCGAGUCCAUCAAUGAAAUCCAGUUUGAUUCAAAGCAUGUAUCAAUCAUUUGAGCCCACCACAAGUGAAACCUCGACAUUUACCUUUCUACCCACUGAGAACUUGGAUAUGGAACCAAUCCAGAGUCAACAACCAACUACCACACACAAUGCCUGUGCAUUUACGCCUCCAAGUUGUGUUCUUGAAGCACAUGACAAAUCUGAAAGGGUUGUGUUUUGUUUCGACUUUGUAGGUCUAAUGGGAAGCAUUUGUGUAACCUGGGAACAAGUUGCACUGCUAAAGAGCUUGGAGGCAGGAAACUGUGGACCCUGCAACAAUGGUGCUGUUCAGCCCACAAAUGCACCAAAUACUGUAAACGAACCAGCAACAAAGAACCCAGCAUUCCAAGGUACAAGGCCAACAGCAACACAAAGCUCAAACAAUCCAGCAAGUACUUCAAGUCCAACCAUUGACGCUUCCAGAACGCCAAGUAUGAGUGUGCCCACAACAGGAAUUUUUGGUGCACCGAAUUCCAGCAGCAGUAGCACUCCAACGACGGGACCAUCCAGUUACUACCACAAGUCCAACCAUAACUUCCACCAAUUUCCCAACAAAUAUCCAUCAACCCAGUGGCCUGCCCAGCGCAGUCCCUACAAUCAGCUUGGCGCCCAGUGA